AUGAUCAAGAUUCAACAACUUUGGGAAAAAGCGAAAAAGCGUUUAUCAGGUACACGACUGGCUGAUUGUUAUGCAGAGCUAAAAGUACAGGAUAAAAUGCAUUAUGACUUGAAGAGAUUGAAGCAUAAAGAUCCAGAAAAAGGUGAACUGAAAGAUCUAGGUGUGCAGGAACAAUUACAAUAUAUUAUGGGCAAAUAUAAUCUUGGUGAACAUCCUGACGUGAAGAAAUUAAAUUUAGCCACCAAAUCUGACCAGUUCUUAAAUAAAGAUUUAAAGAAACUAUGGAAAAAUGCACAGUAUUCAGGAUUUACUGAAGAAGAGUUGAAAAUAUUGGAAGAGGAGUUCCAUCAUCAUCAGAAGCGAUUAGACGAAUAUGAUGCUCUUAGAGAUGAACUUGUUAGAUUGGAAAAAACAGCUCUGAAUGCUUUGGAAAAUGAAGAUGAUCUUGAUACUGCUCGUCAGCUUUACAAACAGAAGAAUAAAGAAACCAAAAUAAAGCAUAAACAGAUCAACGAAGGAUUCCAGUCUCUGGAAAAACGUAUUUACCAAGAUGAGAGUCAUCCUCACUUCACUGACUUUCGUGUUUAUCAACUCUAUGCCAUGGCUAAGAAAACAAAUAUGUCUCCAAAUGAGCUAGAAUCAUUUGAGGAGGAAUUAAAGCAAUUUCAACGUCGUAUUGACAAACAUGAAACACUUAAGGACAUGGUUAGGCAGUCUCAGAGCCAUUUUGAUAAAACAGUUAAAGAUGGGAAAUAUCCACCAAAACAUACAGAACUUGAAGAUAAAGCAAAUGUUUAUGACUACAAGGUAAAAAAAUAUCACGACGAGCUUCACCAACGAGUGGACAAGUUGUUGUUCCAGCAUACAGAACUUUGA